CAUUUCCAAACUAUCUCAUCAUCAUCGGCUGCUAAACUCCUCUGUAACCCAACAACGUACGUAAGAAAAGGAAAAGAGAAGCCAACUUUAAUUACCAACAAUGGCAGCUAAAUUCCAGACGAGAUCAGUGAGCUUGCCUGCCAGAUCCCACCCUACAACCAUCAAAAUCCACGAGGAGCUCACCAGGCUGAGAGCUUCCGACCCAUCAUCGGCUUCUUCUAGUUCCGCCAUCUGCAAUAGUUUAUCAACUCUAAGAGACGUCUACGACAGCCUGGACGAGCUUCUCGCCAUGGCAUCAACUCAAGAGGCUCUGUCUUGCCGAUGCGUGGCAGAGGAGUGGGAGUUGUUCUUAAAUGGAUCCGUCAAGCUCCUGGACACUUGCGAGAUUGCCAAGGAUGUGAUCUCGAGGCUAAGAGAAAAUGUGGCCUUCCUGCAGUCCGCAAUCCGAAGGAGAAGGAAAGGCAGCGACUCUGUUUUGGAAUCCUCUGUUUCUGACUACAUUGAAUUGAGGAGGAAGACGAGGAAGGACGCCAGGAAAUUGGUUGCGCAGUUGAAGCAGCAGAUGGGCAAUAACAAUCUAAAACUUACGGCGGCCGAUCACGGCGAUGAUGACCACUUUGGCGACGUCGUUAGGGUUCUCGGAGAAGUUAAUGCGGCCAGCAGCUGCGUAUUGCAAGCUUUGCUGAACUUCGUUGCGACGCCGGUUGGUUGCAGGGCGAAAAAGCAGAGCAAGUGGGGGAUUGCGUCCAGGCUGAUGAGAAGGCAUAAGGUGGCAGCUGUUGGGUGCGAGGUGAACGAGAUUCAAGCUGCGGAUGUUGCUCUGUUGGUUGGGGAUGAUCAGAAGAAGGAAUUGGGUAACAAGGAGUUGGAAUCGGUGGAGAGCUGUUUUAAAGAGAUUGAGGGUGGUGUGGAGGGUGUUUUCAGGAGAUUGAUCAAAUCGAGAGCUGCUCUGCUGAACAUAUUGUCUCAGUAAGAACAUAGGUAGAUAGGUAUUGGAAGCUAUUAGAUACAUAGAUAGAUAGCUAUUGAGAGAAGUGUACAUGAUGAUGAUUUUUGUUAAUUCUACAGCGAGUACCCUCUCGUGUAUGUAAAUUACGUCGAUGUGUGUAAAUUACGUCUCUUAUUUUUCCAACAAGUUCACGUGAAAUGGACUAAUCGAUAAUCAACUAAUUUUUAAUGAAAUCUUCAAUGGAAA